AUGCCUCUGGGCAUUGGGAUUUUCAGCGCCGUUGAUGCCAAUACGACCAAGGCGGCGGAGGAUCACGAGUCAAACCGUGAGUGCGAGAAGGAUUCCGAGGCCGCCGCGAAAAGAAACGAGAGUGUGAAACGAUCCUUACUCCUGGCGGCCAAGGCGUUCACGGCCCGGUGGCUUCCACUCAUACUGAGCCAGACCAACUACCCGACAGAUGACGUCGAAGAAGUCACCCGGAAAUCAUGGCGUGCUGCCAGAAACGACAUGCUCAAAGUCAUGAAUAGGGUUUCUUAUCAGUCCGUCUUGACGCUGUUUAUGUUCUCGCAGACCCCGAUACCACUUGGCAUCUCGGAGGACGAGGAAGAGGACGGCUUUCGCGGGUCAGGGGUAGAGACUUGGGUCAACGCAAUCGCAGGCCCUAGCUCUGACCCCAGCUCCACCCAGAGUUACCUGCAGCUCGAAAGCAGGAUAUACUGGGCGGCCGUGGGUUGGGACACUUCGACAUCUUUGGCGUACAACGUGAGGGCUUCCCUGACCUCCGGGCUGAAAGGCGCAUGCUUGGAGCCGGUGUGGCUCCUAGUCAGGGCGUUCCUCGUGGGAUCGUUUCAUCCGCAGACCGAGACGUGGCGAACAAAGGGGUUCAAAGUGACGGACGAAGCCGCUCGGAAGAUCUUCUCCGGCGCAGCUGUCGGCUCCAUGUACGUCUGGAAGAACAUUACGUCGCUGAAAGAGGCGUUGAGAGAGGGGGUCGACGAGGACAGCCUUAUUCUUACGUGGAAGAGCCUUCUGGACGCGAUUGACGUUUAUCGAACCUCGAUCUGCACACUAGUAAACACCUGCGAGAGACAGCUUCACUACUUGGACCAGGAACGGCGCUUGUGCUGGUUUGAAGUCAGUCUGCAGUACCACUUGGGCAUUCUGACCAUGGCAGAUGCAUUCAGAGCGGCUCGUCGGUCUGAUCUGCUGGCGCAAGUUCUUGACCUGAGCCAGGACACGGAGAAAGAUAUCUUCAACGUCCUACGGUAUGGCACUGACAGCACAUACACGAUACGUCGUCCAAGAGAGACAGCACCCGCGACGGGAUUAGCUGAAACUACGGAUGCACCUCAGUGA